GGUCGUCGUGCGGGUAGCUGGAGGCUUGGGGUGGCUGUGGGAUCCUGGGCUGGAGCGAGGGCUCGGGAGGUGCGCCGCGCCGGAGAAGGGGACGCCCUGCCCGGCGCCCCCCAGCCUAUGGAUCGGGGUAAGAUGGCGGAGGCAGAGAGCCUGGAGACUGCUGCGGAGCACGAGAGGAUCCUGCGAGAGAUCGAGAGCACCGACACGGCCUGCAUUGGGCCCACGCUCAGGUCUGUCUAUGAUGGUGAAGAACAUGGGCGGUUCAUGGAGAAGCUUGAAACACGCAUCCGCAAUCAUGACCGAGAAAUUGAGAAAAUGUGCAACUUUCAUUACCAGGGCUUUGUGGACUCUAUAACUGAGCUGCUGAAGGUGAGAGGAGAAGCCCAGAAACUCAAGAAUCAAGUGACGGAUACUAAUAGAAAACUACAACAUGAGGGAAAGGAACUGGUAAUAGCAAUGGAAGAGCUGAAGCAGUGUCGACUACAACAGAGAAAUAUUUCUGCCACUGUUGAUAAAUUAAUGCUGUGUCUUCCAGUUCUGGAGAUGUAUAGCAAACUGAGGGACCAGAUGAAAACUAAAAGGCAUUACCCUGCCCUGAAGACUCUGGAACAUCUCGAACAUACCUAUCUGCCUCAAGUCAGCCACUAUCGAUUCUGCAAAGUGAUGGUGGACAACAUCCCCAAGCUCCGAGAAGAGAUUAAGGACGUGUCUAUGUCUGAUCUCAAGGACUUUCUGGAGAGUAUCCGCAAACAUUCAGACAAAAUUGGAGAGACUGCCAUGAAGCAAGCCCAACAACAAAGAAACCUGGAUAACAUCGUCUUGCAGCAACCUAGAAUUGGCAGCAAGAGAAAAUCUAAGAAAGAUGCUUAUAUAAUUUUUGACACAGAGAUGGAAUGCACUAGCCCCAAGUCUGAACAGGAUUCGGGAAUUCUGGAUGUAGAAGAUGAGGAAGAUGAUGAAGAGGUACCCGGGGCUCAAGAGUUGGUGGAUUUUUCUCCUGUUUAUCGAUGUCUGCAUAUAUAUUCUGUCCUGGGAGCCCGGGAAACAUUUGAGAACUACUACCGAAAACAGAGGCGAAAACAAGCUCGUUUGGUGCUGCAGCCCCCAUCUAACAUGCAUGAAACUUUAGAUGGCUACAGGAAGUAUUUUAAUCAAAUUGUAGGCUUUUUUGUGGUGGAAGAUCACAUAUUACAUACCACCCAGGGCUUGGUAAACAGAGCCUACAUUGAUGAACUGUGGGAAAUGGCGCUCUCAAAGACCAUCGCAGCACUCCGCACCCACUCGUCUUACUGCUCUGAUCCAAACCUUGUAUUAGAUUUGAAGAACCUCAUUGUGCUUUUUGCAGACACACUUCAGGUAUAUGGUUUUCCUGUAAAUCAGCUUUUUGACAUGCUGUUAGAAAUCAGAGAUCAGUAUAGUGAAACUCUGCUAAAGAAAUGGGCAGGUAUUUUCAGAAACAUACUGGAUUCUGACAACUACAGUCCUAUACCAGUCACAAGUGAAGAGAUGUAUAAAAAGGUUGUGGGACAGUUUCCAUUUCAAGACACAGAGCUAGAAAAGCAACCUUUUCCCAAAAAGUUUCCUUUCUCUGAGUUUGUGCCAAAAGUUUACAACCAAAUUAAAGAAUUUAUCUAUGCCUGUCUGAAGUUUUCAGAAGACCUUCAUCUAAGCUCAACUGAAGUUGAUGACAUGAUUCGUAAAUCUACAAACCUGUUGCUAACCAGGACUCUCAGCAACUCUCUGCAGAAUGUCAUUAAAAGGAAAAAUGUUGGACUUACAGAGCUUGUGCAGAUUAUUAUCAAUACAACACACUUGGAGAAAUCCUGUAAAUACUUGGAAGAAUUUAUCACCAAUAUCACUAAUGUACUUCCAGAGACAGUUCAUACCACCAAGCUCUAUGGUACCACAACUUUUAAGGAUGCCAGACAUGCAGCUGAGGAGGAAAUUUAUACCAACUUAAACCAGAAGAUUGAUCAGUUUUUACAGCUGGCUGAUUAUGACUGGAUGACAGGAGACUUGGACAACAAAGCUAGUGAUUACCUAGUAGACCUCAUUGCCUUCCUUAGAAGCACCUUCGCUGUAUUCACACACCUGCCUGGAAAGGUGGCCCAGACCGCAUGCAUGUCCGCUUGCAAGCAUCUAGCCACAUCCUUGAUGCAGCUUUUGCUGGAAGCUGAAGUCCGGCAGCUCACUUUGGGAGCACUGCAGCAGUUUGACCUGGAUGUCAGAGAAUGCGAACAGUUUGCCAGAUCCGGCCCGGUGCCUGGGUUCCAGGAGGACACGCUGCAGUUGGCCUUCAUCGACUUGAGACAACUCUUGGACCUCUUCAUCCAAUGGGACUGGUCAACCUACCUUGCUGACUAUGGUCAGCCCAACUGCAAGUACCUCCGAGUAAACCCAGUGACAGCUCUGGCCCUGAUUGAGAAGAUGAAGGACACUAGCCGCAAGAACAACAUGUUUGCACAGUUUCGGAAAAACGAGCGAGACAAGCAGAAAUUGAUCGACACCGUGGCCAAGCAGCUCCGGGGACUCAUCAGCAGCCACCAUUCAUGAAGGCUGGCGUGGGCCCAGGGAGGCUGCUCUGGGCCGUGCCCGGGCUGGCCCUUGCAUUUGUGCAUCCUUCUUCAGAGAGAGCAAAUGUAUUUUUGUAUUAACCUAUGUACAGCAUCCACAUAACCUUUCCCGAUAGUCAAAGAGGCACAAGAGGAAGCAAGUCCGUGCGCCGUGGCUGGGCGGGGAUGCAGGGGAAGAUCUUCUUCACCUGGAGAUGGUCAUGUCGUCAGUUCCAAUGUCAGGAGCCCCCCCCACCCCCUGCCUCGCCCCCUUCUAGCCAUGGCUCCGGAGUUUUUGUUCUAGGAUUCAGGAGCACAAACAAAAUUGGUAUUUGACACUGAGAGGAAAGGGGACUGGGCAUAAGGAGAAUAAAGGAUACUCAUUCACCCUGGGCUGCCCCACUCACCACGUAACAGUUCUUCUGAGGCCAGGAAGGGGCCUGGAAAAACAUCACCGUUUCAUAAAAGAAAAGACCAGAGCACAGUUCCGGAGACGUAUCUCCUCGAUCCCCUGACUAAUGAGUGUGGGUGGACAGGCAGGACGGGGACAUGCUGAUAGUUUUGCUGCAGGCCCAUCAGGACGGCAGUUUCUUUAGCCUGAAUCUGAGGCAGGGCUCUCUCUGCUAACUUUGCUGGGCCAGGAGAGAGCUGAGGAAGCUGUGGGGGAAACUGAACCUGCACCAAGAGGAGCUGUACUGGAUCGUGAACGCCAGCAAGCGUGGCAUCAGUGACUCUGUGCUUUCCCUGUUCAUCUCACUUCCUCCACAGCCUGGACCUUCGGCUGAGGCUGGAGCCCACAGAGAGCCUCGGGCUUCGCCUGUUCCAGUAGGGUCACUGAGCUCGACAGAGUCCAGAAACCUGAAAAUGCCGUUUAUUACUUGACCCUUAGGGUGAAGCCUAAAGCUAAUUUUGUCUGGGUUUUAAACCAGCUCUCUGGCUGUCGUCCUUAAAGGUAAUGUGAGCAGCCCUGUGUCAUGGGACCAACCGUAGCUCUGCUGAAGGCCUCUAGGGAAUGGAGCUUUGUCACCCUGGUGGCCACAGGGUCAGCCUUGGCUCAAGUCUUGUUCCUCUGGCCCAGCUUCCCCUCACUUAAGUCUUCGCCUGGAUAUGAAGUUCCUGUUCAAGUCCAAGGCUUUCAUCUGCUCUUGAGACCCCUGUAGCCUUCCCCUGACUUCAUCUGAGAAAAGGGUCUUCAACUCGAGUCCUCAAACUCCCAAGUUUGCACACAGGCCCUGGAGCCACCCUCUUGGAUACUGUGCCCAUUGUCCCGUCAGAUUCCCCUCAUGCCCAAGCUUUGCCUCAAGGCCUGACAGUGGAUCCUGCACUUUAAGACACUCCAGGAUGAUAUGACUUGAUUAUGGGCAAUAGUAUAAUUGUGCAUCACCAAACAAUGACAAAUAAGCCACACAGGCAUUUCCAGCUUGGAUUAGUGGGAGGAGAAACUCAUCCAACUGAAUUCUUCACGACCUUUGUCAGCUACUGAGUUGCUUCUGGGGAGGGAAGUGCCUCCUUUUUUUCAUUUCCCACUCCCUUUCCAACCCCACAGCUCCCCCACACCCCCACAUCCUAUCUCAACUUGAAAUCCAUGGAGAGAAUAUUCACCCAGACAUGGGGCUUCCUCGGAGCUGGAGAGACCAGGUCACAUGGUCUCAGGGUAGAGCUCUCAGGGUAGGUGGUUGGCCUGGAGUCUUAAGGUCAAGGGUCAGGGUUAAGUCCUGCCUUGCAGAACUGCAGAGACUAAUAGACAGAAAAGAACCCAGAGGACUGAGACCCAAGACUCCAACACCCAAAGCUCUGACUGGACUUUGCUGAAAAGAACCAGAUACUAUGACAUUCGUCUGGAGACCUGCGACCAAGGAGGUUCCAAGACAGCUUUCCUCAGAAGUGGCCCAAUUUGCAGCAAGAUGUCCUGGCUGAGCCUUUAAAGUGGGAAAGGAGAAUACUUAAAUCUGUGUCUCAGUUUGUCAUUGCCAGUCUGGUUUCAGACUUGUCCCUGUAAAAACACUGGGGUGUCAAGGCGAAGGGGAGCAGGCGGGGACCUGGCAGAUGUUCUUGGACCUUGUACAUCUCACAUGGCUCUAGAAAAUGUUUCAAGCUCAAGAUAGAGGGACAGACCCCUUGGGUGAUCUCUUCUUCCCUUGCAGGCUGCCUUCAGCUCUUCCUAACAUAUCCAACGUGCUGCUACCAAGUUCCCUCCGGAGACUCACUCUGGAUCAGUGGACAGGGAAAGUUAAAACAAGGACCGCCCAUGUCCAAGUUGUUUGGUGAUGUGGGAUUUGGUGGCGGGGGAGGACAGGGCUUGUCUUUAGGGCUGUCCGCGAAUCAGCCCUUGCCAGGACUUAUGCAGACUCUGUGUGCCUACUCCUUCAGACUCCUGAGAUCGGACCUCAGAGGCCCUAGAGAGAGAAGUUACCCAGGGCCUCAAUGAGAAGUCGAGAGCAUGGUGACUAGCAUCCCUCCUGCCUUCUCUUUGGGACAAACCCUUGGCCAGCUUCUUGGGGGAAACAGGAUCCUUAUCCCCAAGACAGGGAGUGUGGUUUCAAACCCCAAUUGGUUUUAAUAGCGAUCUAGGUAAUUGGCACAACAAACAAACAACAAACAACAAACACAUUUUCAUAGGAGAACGUUGUUUUGAGUAGGCUGUAAAUGAAAUAGUUGGGGAUGGGGCAGAAUUUAACCUGGAACAGAAUUGGAACCCCCACCGGCAGGGAAUCCCCACUGGCAAUAGAGUGUUUCCCAGUAUUUUCCUGGUGUGUACCAUCUCCUGGACGUCAGAGUCAGCUCUACUCGGCACUUGACAGGUAUUUGCUAGCAAGUCCUGGACCCUGGACCCCCACCAUCACCCCAGGUUGCCAUUGGCCAUGACCGUCCUUGUAAAGCCUCUCUGAGACAAUUCCCUGGGGCUUGCUGCAGAAACCCCCGUACCUUAGCUUCCUUCCCGCAGGGCUCUGGUCCUGAUGCUUCUAUUGCCUCGUUUUAUUUUUUUCUUUCUUCUUUUUUUUUUCUCUCUUUUUUUUUUUUUAUUUUUCUGGCCUGCAUUCACAGUUACUUUUAAUUAACAUGUUGGAAAUGGCCUUUUAAUUUUGCACAGAUAGUUGCACAUUUAUGGAGGAAACAUAGGGAAGUCCAUUUUUAACUCUAAAGGGAAUUCUCUUUUCUUUAAAACUCACGAGUAAUGCUACUGAUGCAGCUGGGCCGGGUGGUUUGUAAAGAACCUCUGUGGAAAGAGCAUGUUCGUUCCUCCUGUACAUUUUCCUGUUUUAACUGCUAUUAAACGAGCGCCUACAGAGCUGUUUCAAAAGCCAA